AUGCCAUCCCCCCCUCCCUCUCAGCCAGUCCACCCCGCCCCUCAGCCCGUCGACUCCGCCUCUCAAUCAGUCGCCACCCCCGCCUCAGGCUCCCUCUUGCCUGUCCCCCGCUGGCGGGAACUGGUGGCAAUCAUUCCCACUGCCAUGCCCUCUGGGGAUGGGGGGUUUGAUGAAGUGAUGCGGGAUCUCUUCGCAGACAUCGCCGGCCAGGAUCAGAGGGCAUACGACUGGAUUGCGAACGAGUACAGGAAGAUUGAGUUUCGCCAAUUGCCCCCCCAAGAAGAGAACGAAGCUCGCAACAUAGCAAAACAAGAGAUCGAUGACCACCGGGCAUUUCUGUUUGGGCCAAGGUACUUGCAAUCUUCCAUGUGA